AUGUACCCCAUGUACCCAGCGUACCAAGAGCGUUGUGCUUCCGAGCUGCUGCGCCGGCUGGAGACGUACUCGCGGCGGUACGGACUGGUGGCCGUGCUGAUUCGGGGCAGCCGAUUCCAUCCCACUUCUUCUACCAGCUGCGGAUGUGCGGGGGGCCGCGGCUGCCGCCCGGAAGAGAUUGUCCACAAGCAGUGGAUCCUGCCGCACAAGGAGCGCUUCCGGCCGUGCGAGGCGGCGGGCAAGUACGUGAACUUCCACGAGGCGACGCUGCGGGAUGUGGAGCGCGUCUCUGGCCUGACGCUGUUCGCCGGUCAGCUGGCGUCGCAGCCGGACUCGGCCCACGGCAGCCACGCCCGCUUUAUCACCCAGCUGCCCGAGCUACGGCCGCCGCUGACCUGGUCAAAUUGAGCCGCGGCAGCCGCUGACCUGGUGCGACUGAGGCGCGGCCGCCGCUGAC